GUCAAGUCUGCUGUUACAGCUUGUGAACACCUCAACAUAGCCUGUCAGCUGUGGAGAGAGGCAUGCAAGGCUGCUGGCUCUCUGCCUUCCUCAGCCAGUUGAGGUAGAGCACCUAUAUAUACCAAGCAUGCCAUGUAUUCAAACUUCUAAUAGUAGCUGAAGCUGUGAACAAGGCUACGCCAAAGGACAACUGGUGAACUAUUUAGUGACAUGCGAGGAAGACCGUCUUGGCGAAAGUGAGUCCAAGUUGCUUUCUGUUGGGAUAUAUCCACCGAGGGAAUCCAAGAAAUGAAAACCAUCUCAGUGCACUGAUACGGUCUCGCCGCAGCACCGCCACAGCAGAAACAUGCCCAUUUCCUUUUUCAACACAACUGACUGAUGAGAAAAAGAUCCCCUGGCUUUUACCCGGAGAGAGUACAUCUGACUUUUCAGCCCACGUGUGUUGAUGCUUUGGUGUUUUUGUGGCAGAGACUAAAGCGUAUACACUUCAAAGUCAUCUUUAGCAAGCCAUUAUGAAAUGGGAGAAGUUAAAGCCUCCAGAGCCAGAUGAUCCUAUGUGUUGCUGCGAGUGUGAUAUCGACCAGUACGGAUGUUGCUGUGACUGUGAAGAUCUGGAUGAAGCCUUUAACAGGUGGCUGAAAGACAGACCCCCUACAGGUAGAUGUCAGUCUUCUGUAUGUGGGGCCAUCGUUGACCGACUAGAGAUCUCUAUGAUCCCGGUCCUGCUGCUGCUGCCUCUCCUGCUGCGGGUUGCAGCGCUGCACUACCUGCUGGGUAUCAUCAUCCUGACAGCUCUGCCCGGCCUGGUGCUGUGGUACUACUACGCCACGCACAGAAAGAAGAGACGCACCCUCUUCUUCCUCACCCUCGCUCUCUUCUCCCUGUUCUACAUGUAUUACCUCUUCAUCACGGAGAUUUUACCUCGCGGAGACGUCAGCCAGCUGCAGCAGUGUACUGUGACCACGGGGGUGAUUCUCACCGUGGUCUGUCUUAUUCACACUAAGAGAGGCCCAGGAUUGGUGACCACUUCCCCACAUGAAGCACACAGUUGCUGUCAAGAGGCCGACAAGAACUCCACACAACGUAAUGGAUCUAUCCGAUCAGCAGCAUCCUCGGGGAUUGCAGCAGAGUUGCAGACAACAAAAGAGGCCCUGACAGUAAAAUGGAGCACCUGUCCUGUGUGCAAAAUAAUGCGACCUCCGCGGGCCGGACACUGCCGAACCUGUGGAUCAUGUGUCCAGCGUCUGGACCACCAUUGUAUCUGGAUAAACAGCUGUGUUGGACAGGCAAACCAUCGCAGUUUCCUGCUGACCCUGUGUGUGUUCCUGUUGACCUCUCUAUACGGCAUCAGUGUGGUGCUACGCAGCCUCUGUCCUCAACAGUAUCUAGUGACGGCUCUCCUUUACUGCCCCGGCGUCUACAGUCAGUCCAGCAUGGCCCUUUGCUUCACCUGUGCGUGGUACAGCAGCAUUGUCACUGGUGGACUUCUUUACCUGUUGGUGGUACAAGUUGUGAAUAUCAGCUUCAACGUGACAGAGCGGGAGGCUCAGCUGGCUCUGAGGAACAAAACGAGCCAGAGACGCCUUUGGGGACUCGUCGUCGACACAGGAGAGUAUUCACGAGGCUUCUAUCAAAACUGGGUUGACUUCCUCACCAUGACAGAUGCCUCGGCUUCUCCUUGCUCCAGCCUCACUGACUUGGUCUAGUUUCACUUUCUCUAUUCACAUCAUGAUAACAGACUUUGUAUACAGCAUGCUUGAAGAAUUACAUCUCAUUUAUACCUUCGAAGAUAUCGGCUGAUGUCUUCCAAUGCUUGUUGCAUUCAAGCCUCUUCAUACCUACAUCAUAAAAGUUUUUUAAACUUCUAAUGUAGACUGCAUAAAAACUACACAUUGAUAAUUGUUUUGGAAGUUGUUGCACAAUUUAUUCAAGGAAAUAACAUACGGGCAGCCAUAAAGGCAGCAGGCUCUUUCUUCUAUGGUAUUGUAUAUGUUCUCCACCUGCAGAAUGUGAUCAUCAUUUAAGCUGUCUGACUGAAGUCACAUUUUUGGUCUGCAUGCCAAUUAAACAAUGAAAGAAAAAUCAAGUUCAAGCAAAAGAAGAACAGUAGCACACUUGGAUGCCUCCCUGUGGUGAUCUUCUGAGUCAAACUGGGACAAAUGCCACGUAAUGCCCCCAGCACUUUAAUAAAUCAUGUUUAUUCAGCAUUAGAUCAAACUUAUCAGGCAUGGAAAUCUGGCAGACCAAAGAGCACUGCAUAUGACCCCUGUGAAUCAGUGCUGUGUGUGCAGUCAUAACUACCUGGAGCCAUUAUGACUGAUGCAAUCUGUAUUAAUGGAAUAUCUUUCUCUGCAUUGCUCUGUGAUAUUGAUUUUCUUUCUCAUGUAAUGGUUCUUGUCCAUUGCUGUGCCAGUGGUGCUCCUUUUAGACUGUCCUGACCUACACAUUUUAAGACAUGCAGGGUUUGUUUCUGUAAAUAAUCAAUUACAUAUAUUAUUUAUUGAUAUUAAGCUGAAGGACACAGUCA